CCCUCCAGUCAUGUCAUGUCCUCCCUAUUACUUCAUGUGAACUCUGGAGUUUCAUUAUUGUUCAGAAGGACGAGGAGAACAGGACACACUGACAGAGAUUUUGUGGCAUCAUCAUGGCUGAGAAUGAAAAUCCCGACAAGAUGGAAAGUGAAACACCUUCAGCACUACAGGAACCACAGAGUGUAAUGACACGUGUGAGUAAUCUUGCCCUGGUAAGCUCAGCGUGUGACGCAGUAUCCAGUGCAUACAGCAGCACAAAGGAGAGCAUCCCUGUGCUCAGAGGAGUGAUGGAUGCGGCCGAGAGCGGAGUUCGAACCCUGAGCACCGCCGCAAGUUCAGGCACUAAACCUAUACUGAACAAACUUGAACCACAACUUGCCAUGGUGAACGAGUACGCCAUGAAAGGUCUGGACAAGAUGGAGGAAAAUAUUCCUGUCCUUCACCAGCCUGCAGACAAACUGGUGUCUGAGACAGUAGGUAAGGUGUAUCAGUGUGUAUCAGGAGCGAAGGAUGCGGUAGUAGGGGCGAUGAUGGGGGGAGUGGAGAUGACCCGUUCAGCCCUCAGCGGGGGUAUUAACACCGUCAUGGGCUCCCGCAUGGGACAGAUGGUCAGCAGUGGAGUGGGUUUAUCUGUGUAUCGGUCAGAGGACUGCGUGGAGCAGAAACUCCCACUCAGUGAGACAGAAUUGGCCACUGUAGCAGAGCCUCCACCGAAGGACCAGGACGAAACCUGUCCAAGCAAUGAGGGCGUGGCCUGUCAAAGCUCCACCCCCAGCUACUUUGUUCGCCUGGGGAAACUCUCUGCUCAAGUUCAAGAGCGAGCGCUGGAGCUGUCCCUCAUUAAAGCCAGCGCUGCUCGGGACGCCACCUACAAAGCCGUUUCCCAAAUCACCAGCACUCUGGACCUGCUGGAGAACCUGAGAGGAACCAACACGCUGGUGGGAGCACCGGAGCAACUUCUCAGGAAGUGGAGAGAGUGGAGACAGGAGGGGCAGGAAGAACACGGGCAGGGGCACGGGACAGAAAGCAAAGAGGAGGGCAAUGAAGAGGACAGCAAGGACAAUGGAGAGCAGCUUGAAUGGCGAGCUCUGUCCAUGGUGCGUGCUCUGAGUGAGCAGCUGCGUGUAGCGUGUUCGGGUGUCGUGUCCAGUGUUCAGGGUCUCCCCAGCACCGUACAGGAGCAGCUGCUGCACGCACGCACCUCAGCCGAACAGCUGCACUCAUCCCUCGACCGAACCAACACAGUCACACCACUGCUGCUCCAACAGAGCCGAAACCAACUCACACAGGUGAGACAGUCUCUGGAUGGAGUGAUGGAGUAUCUCCUGAAUAACACUCCUCUGAACUGGCUAGUCGGCCCUUUUUCUCCACAGCUGACGGAGAAUCGGUCGAGCGCAGAGUAACUUCAAAAAUCAACCAUUAAAAUGUGUCUUCUGUUAUUACAUGCACAUGUUGUAACCACAGGAUAAUAAACACUCACCACUACAGUAUUUCUCCAGUGUAAUAAAAUGUCUUUUAGGUAGCAAUGAAGUUUAAUUCAGCAUUAAGCUUUAAAUAUACAAAUUCUGAUUUUA